AUUACUCGUUACUGAAAAAAGUGGUCCGACGUCAGUAACGCGUUACUGACAUCACUGCAUAUAUGUAUAUGUACAUAUAUAUAUAUAUAUAUAUGUUUAAACACACACAUAUAUAUACUGUAGAUAAGUCGGUUCACCAACUCAUGAAGUCGAUCUGGGCCUGCGACUUCAUUUGAUGAAUGAAUAGCAUAACAGAGGUGGACUGACGUCCCGCAUUAUUCUUAAACAUGAAAUGGCAAAACGUCACUUAAUCACAGCGUUUCGUGUGAAGUAAACGCAAAUAUGUUGUAAAUGUGACUAAUCACAUUAUUAUUGUGGUGUUUCACAAGCCAAGCCCAGCACUAAUUACUACCAGACUUGUCAAAUCAAGAAAUUUACUAAAACAAACAAAACUAUCUGGUGAUAUGAAAUGAGACUUUUCAAAGAGCGUCACGCCUCACAAAGUCUAAUGGACAGUGAGGUUCUGUGGUCUUAGAUGUGUGCCAAAAAAGUUGCUCCCACUAUUUUCUAGCAAACAGUCCUUCCUGAUGGAGUCUGAUCAUUGCCUGAUGCUUUACCACAACAGGUAUGGAAAACCACAAAUGCAAAAAUUAAAUCAUACACAAAUCUAUUAAUCUCUUUACAUUAAAUAAAUUAAAAAAUAUUGAUUUUUAUUUAAGUAUUUAUGACAGCUUGAGUUAUGGAAAACUGACCUGAUCAUUUCCAUAGCAACGAUCAGAAGCAGACAUUGCACCAGAAGUCCAGUGACCUCACUAAUGAGGUCAUAGAUGACAUCAUGUACAUCACAGUAGAUCAAAGAAGUUCUGAUGCUUGAAUGCUUGAAUCUCAGAGCAUCAGUCAGAUCCAGACGGUUCUUGGAGGUUCAGAUUUGUGUGUAGCAACAAUGUUUGGUGUUUCAAAAGCGUUCGUUCCCUUGUUUAUCCCACUUGGUUGGGGGCUGGGAUAUGCUGUGACCACGGGAUUGAAGAAAGUUUUUGAUCAUUGCUUUCCAGGAAAGGAUUCAAAUGAAGGUUACCAUCAGGAGGAAGAAGACGACUUGUUUUGGAAAGGUCUUCCAACUGACGCCCAAGAACAAACCGACCCGGCUGGGAAGGUUUGUUCUGAAAAGGCGACAGAGGUUUGUGGGACCACAGACUCUCACCCAACAAGGACUGGACCAAAAAGUACACAGGACAACGGUACUGUCUCUGGGCAAACCGACCCGGCUGGGGAGGUUUUCUCUGAACACCUGACCAAUGUCUGUGGGAUCACAGACAUUGGUGUGACAGAGACGGUACGAGACAGUACCAAGGACAAUUAUACUGUCUUUGAGCAAACUGACCCGGCUGGGGAAGUUUGUUCAAAGACAACUGUACACCAGGAGGGUGAGAGAACGGUCGCAGAGAAAUCUAACCCGGCUGGGGAGGAUUUGUCUGCGGCUGACCUCGCAGCCAAAGCUCUUGCUGAGGUAACAGCAGAAGCUUUGGUCUCAUGGGUUCCAGCUCUGUCCUUUCCUAAGUGCUCUACUCUCAAGAGCACUUUUACAAGCGAUGUUCCAAUUCCACGUUCCCCGGACGGGGAACGUAUCUCAGAAGAAGAUGGACUGAUGAAUUUGUCAAAGAAACCCACUCUACAUGCAAGGAUCGUCGUUGCCUUGGAGGUUAACUUUUCUCCGGAUGUGGAAGCAGAACACAGAGUUGGCUUGGAUCUCCCAGAUACAGGCAGGAUAGCAACUGCAGGAAACGGACAGACGGAGGAGAACUUCUUCAAGUUCUCCAACGAGCUCCAGAACAGCUGGAGGCAGACCAGGAUUCACCCUGUGGUAGCCAAUCGGACCAUGGACGUUCCUGCGGAUUGUGAAGGUGGUAGUGAGAGGUACCACCUGUCCUCCGUUAUCUGUGGAGAUUCAAAGCCGGCUCAGUUCCACUCCUAUUUGAUCAAAGGAGAACAAACUAUUAAGGCUGACGACGAGCAUGUCUUCACUGCAGACAGUGACUGCAGUGAAGACAUGUCUCAAAAUUCACUAAUCUACAUAUAUGAGAAAGUCAGCAACGAUGAGACAACAGAUACUACAGUUUCUCCAGCCCCUCCUCUGGAAGGUGAUAAAGGAGCCUUUGGAGAGGAGCCAAAAUUAUUAAACUAUGAAGAAGACAAAAUUAUCGAAGACCUAAUUAGUUACUAUCUUGAGGCUGGAGAACUGUGAUUGGGAGCAAAAGAUAUCUGACAUAAAUGUCUGGAACAAAAAGGGUAAAAAGUUUUGACAGGUUUCUCUCCGGGCGCGCCGGCUUCCUGCCACAAUCUGAAAUCACGGCUCUGUAGUUUAUUGGUCUCUAAAUUCUGUUUGUGUGAUUAAAACGUUUAUUUUUGUGACUAAAAUUGUUCCCUGGGUUUGAAUCCUUACCUGGGUUCUUCUGUCUUGGUGGGUUUGCAUGUUCUCCAAGUGCAUUAGUGGGUUCUCUCCGGGUUCUCCAGCUUCCCCCCAUAGUCCAAAAAGAGGACUAGCUGACCUUUGCCCCAUGUCUUCUCCCCUCUCUUUUGUUUAAAGUAGCUUCAGCUACUAGAGCCAAAACUACUUUGGACAAAUGUCAAGAAUACAUUUUGCAAUUAAAUUUCAUAAAUAUCAAUAGGUAGUUUCCAGUUAGCAGGUUUCUCUCCGGGCGCUCCGGCUUCCUGCCACAGUCAGAAAUCACGACUGUUUAGUUAAUUGGUCUCUAAAUUCUCCUUAGGCAUAAGUACAAACAUUGAUUAGUGAAUAAAAUAUA